GUUAGUCUAUGGAUUACUAAUGAAUGAAGUUACGAUCAGACAUUAAUUUUUAUUUUGAAUUUACAUUUUUAUAAAUAUUGUUAAAUAUUUCUGCUGAAUGUGUAUUAUUGGAACUUAGGAACCAUGCCUCUGGCUAAUGCAACGGAUCCAUGGCGAAUGCAGAGUGGAGAUGUUACACGAGGAAUCACACAGACUGCGAACAGUCUUCCAAUGGUUGUUGAAAAUGCUGCAGAGUCCCGACAGACAUCCACAACUGACAGCCUUGAGUCCAAUGCAUCCAACAUAAGUGAUCACAACUAUGAACGAGAAGUAGAGCUGCAAGAUGUAGUUAAAGAAGGCCACGAGAAAGCAGAUCCUUCUCAGUUUGAAUUACUAAAAGUUCUCGGUGAAGGUUCCUUUGGCAAAGUUUUCCUAGUUCGUAAAGUCAGUGGCCCUGACACUGGUACUCUGUAUGCUAUGAAGGUUUUAAAAAAAGCAACAUUAAAAGUUAGAGAUAGAGAACGUACAAAAAUGGAAAGAAAUAUUUUGGUAGAAAUGGGCCACCCAUUCAUUGUUAAACUACAUUAUGCAUUUCAAACUGCUGGAAAAUUGUAUUUAAUAUUAGACUUCCUGCGUGGAGGUGAUUUAUUUUCAAGAUUAAGUAAAGAGGUAAUGUUCACAGAAGAAGAUGUUAAGUUUUACUUAGCUGAGCUAGCGUUAGCAUUAGAACAUGUGCAUAAAUUGGGAAUUAUAUACAGGGAUCUCAAACCAGAGAAUAUUUUAUUAGAUGCUGACGGGCAUAUAGCCCUGACGGACUUUGGUCUAUCCAAAUUGCCUCCUAGUGACAAAGCUUACAGCUUCUGCGGGACAGUGGAGUAUAUGGCACCUGAAGUUGUUAACAGAAAAGGACAUACCAUGGCUGCUGAUUGGUGGUCGUUUGGUGUUCUUAUGUUUGAAAUGUUGACUGGAAACCUCCCAUUUCACGGCUCAACAAGACAUGAAACGAUGACACAAAUACUUAAAGCUAAACUCGGUAUGCCGUCUAAUCUGAGUGAGGAAGCACAGUCACUGCUACGGGCAUUGUUUAAAAGGAAUCCACAUAACAGAUUGGGAGCUGGACCAAAUGGUAUUGAAGAUAUAAAAGAGCAUGAGUUCUUUGCAAGCAUAGACUGGAAUGCACUGUUAAAAAAAGAGGUGAUACCGCCAUUCCGUCCGGCGGUGUCGCGCGCGGACGACGCGUUCUACUUCGACUCGGAGUUCACGUGCCGCACGCCGCGCGACUCGCCCGGCGUGCCUGCCUCCGCCAACGCACACGAGCUGUUUAGGGGAUUCAGUUUUGUAGCACCAUGCUUACUCAAUGAUGACAAUAACAAAACCGUGACAAACCAGAAUCAGAACCAUGUGGCACAAUCCAAAACUUCAACAGAGGAAUUCUGGUCUGGAUUCGUGAAUAGGAACAAUUUCUUUGAUGAGUACAGAUUGAUGGGUGAAUUAGGUACGGGUUCGUUCUCAGUGGUCAGACUGUGCGAGCACAAAACAUCGCGUACACAGUAUGCAGUCAAGAUCAUGGACAAACUGCAAUAUGAUCCGAGAGAGGAAAUAGAAAUUCUGUUGAGAUACAGCCAACACCCUCAUAUAAUAACCCUGCGCGGUGUGUAUGAAGAGGGCGGGCGGAUACUGGCGGUGACGGAGCUGUGUCGCGGCGGGGAGCUGCUGGAGCACAUCACCCAGCGCCGCUACCUGGCGGAGCGGGAGGCGGCGCCCAUACUGCGCAAUGUGUUACACGCGGUGCACUACUUGCAUCGCCACACUGUUGUGCACAGGGACAUUAAACCAUCGAACAUCCUGUUCGCGACAGCGGAUCGCCGCGCGGCUGACGUGCGGCUGGUCGACUUUGGUCUAGCCAAGCAGCUGAGGGCGGAGAACGGUCUGCUCAUGACGCCGUGCUACACCGCCAACUUCGUGGCCCCGGAGGUGCUCAAACGGGCGGGGUACGACGCCGCCUGCGAUAUUUGGAGCUUAGGUGUGUUGGCGUAUAUCAUGCUCUCGGGUAGGACGCCUUUUGCUUCUACUGGAGACGACACGCCUGAAGCGAUUUUAGCUAGAAUUGAGUCUGGAAAGGUGGAGACAUCGGGCGGCGCAUGGCGGAACGUAUCAGCGGAAGCGCGUGCGUGCGUGCGGCGCAUGCUGCAGCUCGAGCCCGCCAUGCGGCCGCGCGCGCACGAGCUGCUGCGCGAGCCGUGGAUCAGUCGCGACGACCCGGAGCCGCCGCCCGUCGCGCCGCGCGCGCACCCGCCCGACGACGAGCCCCCGCAGCAGGACUUGCGGCGAGCUGUGGAUCUCACGUUCCAGGCGAUGACAUCUGCACCAAUGACGCCACACAUACUAGGUCCCGUCACUCAGUCGACACUAGCUCAGCGGCGGAUCAAACCGCAGCGUCGAUUCCCGCCCACACAAGUAUAAACAGAGGUACUAUAUUGACAAAAUUGAUCAAUAUUUGUUUGUUAAUAUAAACAGAGGUACUUACUACAUUGACAGAAUUGAUUGAUGAUUGUUUGUUAGUAUAAACAGAGGUACUAUAUUGAUAAAAUUUAUCGAUACUUUUUCGUUAGUAUAAACAAAGUUACUAUAUUGACAAAAUCGAUACUUGUUUGUUAGUGUAAACAGAGGUACUAUAUUGACAAAAUUGAUCGAUACUUGUUUGUUAGUAUAAAAAGAGGUACUAUAUUGACAAAAUUAAUCGACACUUGUUUGUUAGUGUAAACAGAAGUGCUAUAUUGACAAAAUUGAUCGAUUCUUGUUCGUUAGUAUUAACAGAGGUACUAUAUUGACAAAAUUGAUCGAUACUUGUUUGUUAGUAUAAACUGAGGUACUAUAUUGACAAAAUUGAUCGAUACUUGUUUGUUAGUAUAAACUGAGGUACUAUAUUGACAAAAUUGAUCGAUACUUGUUUGUUAGUAUAAACUGAGGUACUAUAUUGACAAAAUUGAUUGAUGCUUGUUUGUUAGUAUAAAAAGAAAUACUAUAUUGAUAAAAUUUAUCGAUACUUGUUCGUAAGUACAUAUACACAGUAAGUAUAUAUAAACAGAGGUACUAUAUUGACAAAAUCGAUACUUGUUUACUAUUAUAGCGCCGUAUCAUCGAAAACCCCCUGCUCGCAGAGCGAAAGAACAAGAAUCCGGAGAACAGUCUCUCUCCCCCAUUUAUCAUUCUCCUUUUUCAAUGGCUCUGUUGCAAUUCUUCAGUUGGGUUUCCCAUAAGCACCUUGGAGAAACUCACCAACAAGUUGGCCAAAAUGUUUUACCUUAUAUUGAAUACUAGCGGCCGCCCGCGACUUCGUCCGCGUAAAAAUUGAUGUAAACUUCUCUACCUCUACCUUAUCCUGCUCGUAAACCUACCCAACCCUACCCUACCCUACCCCUAUUUACUCCUACCCUACCGCUAACGCUAACCCUUCCUUCCCCCCACCUUACCCUACCCUAACCCUACCCGUAACCUAUCCAUACCCUAUCCUACCCUACCCCUAAUCUACCCCUACCCUACCCCUACCUUAUUCCUACCCUACCGCUAACCCUAACCCUUCCCUACCCCUACCUUAUCCCUACCUUAACCCUACCCUACCCGUACCCUACCCCUACCCUACCCUACCCCUAUCCUACUCCUCCCCUACCCUAUACGUUCCAUAUCCUUCCCCUACCUCUACCUUUCCCCUACCCUACACUACCCCUACCUUAUCCGUACCCUACCCUACCCUACCCUACACUUUCCCUAAAUUACCCCUACCCUACCUCUAUCCUACCCCCUCCCUACCUCUAUCCUAUCCCUACCCUCAGCAAAAUUGGUCCAGCCUUUUGUGCGUGGUGCAAUGACAAAAAGACUAUAAUUUCCCAAGCGACUUCUAUGCUAAUACUAUAAAGAGGUAAAGUUUGUGUGGUUGUCGGGGGUAAUCUCUGGAUCUACUGGACCGAUUUGGAAAAUUCUUUUACCAAUAGAAAGCUACAUUAUUUGCGAGUGUCAUAGGCUAUGUUUGGUCCUCAUAUUCAUACGGGAACGGGAACCACGUAAUUGAAACCCCGGGGCGUCAAAUAGCGGCAUUUCUGCGACUUUCAGAAAUUUUGUAUUAUCUCCGAAACUAUAUAACUAAUUAACAUACUGUAAAGGGCAAAUCUUAUCUCUAUAAUAUCCUUGUGAUUGUUAAAUAAUUUAUUUUGAUAAGGAUUUAAGUUUAGUUGUGUAAAUAAUGACGUAAACCUUAGUUUAAAAUUUAAAUAAUUUAUUAAAGUACUAAAGGUACUAUAUCUGCUAAAAUAUAAAAGAUAGAUAUAUGGUGUCGCGGACUUUUUUGUAGAACUUUUAAAGGUUCAAAAAGCCUCCAUACAUUUAUUUCAGUUAUACGCAAUGGUUGAGGCAGCGCAUGCGAAUAAGUAAGUUUUUCGGUCUGACCUGUAAGAGAAAACCCGCGAUAUCUCAGUAGUUAUAUAUGAUAUAAAUAUAAAAUAUAGCCUAUAGCACUCCCCGAUAACGUAGCAUUCUAUUGGUGAAAGAAUUUUUAAAAUCGGUCCAGUAGUUCCGAAGAUUACCCCAUUUCAAAAAAUUGUUACAAACUUACAAACUUACAAACUUUACCUCUUUAUAAUAUUAGUAUAGAUGUGUACUAAAAGUAUAAGUCAAGUAUUUGUUUAAAUAAAAAUAUAUUGGCAGUUAUAUUCGCCCAGAAGUUUUAAAUUUAAAUCUAAAAAAGGUUAAAUAUCAUUUUUAUUACCUACUUUAAAAAUGAUGAAUGAACUUUUUGGUAAAUUUCGCCAGUGUGCUGCAGGUGGAGACAACCCACAACCCUGUCCGAAUACGGCAGGCAUCAAUCCCAUAAAUUUAACUAUAAAAUAUUACUUUUAUAUAGUAUCAUGGUUAACGUUUUCCAAAAAACCAUUUCUGUAGUCGAUAAGUACAGUCAGUGUACAAAAGUAAAUAAUUAAUAUUGAAACAAAACAUUGACUGCUAAUUUAUAUACAUUAUAGUAAAUUAUAUAAAUAUAUGAAAGCACAAAGUAUUGUAUGUAUGAGAGAAAAUCAUGUAAAACAGCUAUUACAAUAUUAUCAAAGUACAAAUUGCGCAGAGAUCUCAAAAAAGAAAUAUUGUAUUUUGCUAUUCUAACUACAAAACAACGACGAUAAGUAAUAAUUUUGCAACAUAAUAAAAAUAAACAAUAAUUAUUAUCAUUAAGUAAUAAUCGUAUCGGCUGGCUGUACAUAAAAUGUUACAAUAUGUGGUACUUAAUCUGUUAAAAAAAUAGCUUAACUUAGCCUUUUUUUGUGACAAUUACAACAAAGAACUACAACAAAUUGCACUAGAAGACCCAGAAAAUAAAUAUUAAUAUUAUGAUGCCGUUGAGAUAGCACAGAAGGAAAAAUAUAUGCUUUAACAGUGGAAUUCAUAAACAUUGCAGGUGACCCUUUCCCGACCCGCUGAGUGUCGAAUUCUCAAACGCAUAGAGUUUAAAUUCGACACUUAUCGGGUGAAAGAUCCCCUGGGAGCGCCCCUACAACGUCUAUGAAUUCCACUGUAAGACUGCUUACAUAAAUUUAACAAGUAUGAAUGUUUAAUAUAUCUUGACAGUUUUCAGUACUUCAGUUACGUUCAGUACAUGAAUUUGCAUAAAUAUGAAAAAGUUAUAUUUUUAUUUAAUUUAAAAAAUACAUUUGACUAAAUAAACUGCCCCAUAAAAAGAAUUAUUUGUCCCCUAAUUAAUGGACAAAACGCAAAUGCUCUGAUUUUUUAUUAAAUUGUCAAAUUGUUGAUACUAUUUUUAUAAAUAAUGUUUUAUUUUUUUAUAAGCUUUGAGUGUAAUAUUUAUUUGUUUUAUACGGUUGACAAAAUUGAGUUGAAUGUUAUUUAAACGGGUAUAUACCACGAUAAAACGACGAGAUUUUUAUUGUCGAUAUUUCGACCCAGUUGCAUGGAUCGUGGUCACGACGGGACUGAAGUUGCGAGAUGAGAAGUGAAGUCAGCUGUUAGGGGCAGAAUCGAUCUACCCUCUUUCUUGUUCUUUUUCUUUUUUCAACAACCUCGCGUUUUUGGCUGUUUAGGCAAACCACACUCACGACAUCGCUUUUGUUAUUAUGCGUAUCGCGGCGCCCUCUUGGUUUGCACAAUUCUACCACCGGGUUCCACUUGCUGGCUAGUUUGAAACCAUCUUCCCGAUUCAUCAUUCAUCAUCAACAACCAUAAUGAAUCACCAUAAUGAAUGAUCAUUCAACCAUAAUGAAUGAUCAUUCAUAAUGAACAACCACGAAAUAAGUUUAAAAUCAUUAAAAUUGAGUUGAGCUAUUUUUUUCACAAUGGAUACCACUGAUUAGAUUAAUUCGUUCAGAAAUUGGUAUACGAAAAUGAAAUGUUUUUAUUUAUUUACGUCCAAACGUUUCAAACUGUCUUCACUAGUAGUAAAUUUUUAGCUUUAUUUUAACUUUUACAUCACUUAUUAUAAUAAAAUAUUGACAGCAAGUCAACUAAAGUUUUGUCGAAUAUAAUCGAUACUCAAUCCUAUAGUUAGUAAAUCGUAAUUGAUUUUUGAUUCUUCUAUUUUUUUAUAAAAUUGAGAUUAUGUUUUACGUAAAGUCACUAAAAUGCGUUUAUUUUACACUUAUCUAAUGCCCCAACUAAAUUAAUUGCAUUUAAUUUGGAUAAGUUUAUGAUCACAUUCCAUUAUUUUUCAGUUUACGAUUUAGUUAGUAAUAAAGAAAUGUAUUUAAUAAAAAUAAUAUCGAGUAUAUAAAUAUAGGCCAAGUUGUCUUCCUAAAAAUAUUUAAAUUGUAAGAGAGAUACUAUAUUUUUUUUAAGCCACUUGUUGCUUACCCACCUCUGUUUUUAGUCUAUCUGUGCCAUUUUAAAACUCUGAAAUCCCACUGAAUAUUUUUUUUAAUUGUGCAAUAACUUUACGUCUUUCUUACAAACUGACUCUAAGUGUGUGUUGUCUAUAUAUUGUAAUAAUCAUUUUAUACAGUAUUAAUAUUGACUGGACUGGUCACAAUUUCUAUUAUACUUCCUAAACUCUAUUAACAAAUUAUAAUUUAUAUUUUUGUAAGAAAGUAAUUAUUCUUUAGUUUAAGAUAGAUAUGUAAGUUUUAAAAAGAGAUUUAUGAGAGGAGUAUACUUAUUACUUAUAUUAUAGUAGGUAGUUUAUUUGUGCUCUACUGCUCUGUAUUGGUUCUUAUGUCUAUUAUUGUAAUCGUAUAUUAUGUAAUGCUUAAAUAAAUGGCCUAACAUGCUCACAAUGUAUAUGUUGCGUGUUUUACCAUAGAAAACGAGAGUGAAUGGAUUACUGAAUUGUUUUAAUUGAAUUAUUUAAAACAUUGGAUCCCAAAGUGGUCCAGGUGGACCCCUGAGGGUCCAUGUGGGACUCAACAGGGGUCUACGUUGUCAUAAUAAAACAACAUAAAAAUGGGGGUUCAGGGUUCGUAAGCAUAGUGAUGAAAUUGUAUCUAGUUUCAUACUGAAUGGGGCGUUUUCUAAAUAAAACGUGAGAAUUUUUUGAGUCCUUGUAAACUGUUUUUUAAAAAGUAAAGUUUUUUUGUUUGUCCGACUUUGCUUUUAUACAUCCACUCAAAGCUCAAUUAAUUAAUUAAUUCAGCAACCAAUUCUCACUUUUUUUCUAAGAAUGAUAAUUUUGUUGUUAAUUUAAUUGAAACUGAGCCGUUACGCUAAUUUCCGUAGUAGUUAGUUGUACAUAUUUUUUCAAAUUUUGGGAAAUGGUAGAAAUGUAGCUGUAGAGGGUCCCCAGGAACCAGCUACAUUUCAAAAGUGGUCUAUGAGACAAAAUAGUUUGGGAAGUUUCACGGCACGAUAUGCGUGAUUCGACAGAGUUAGAGACUACGGAGUGGCCUAAAGAAAAGAUGUGUUUUUUUUAAACGGACAGACAUUAAAAUGUGCGCGAUUGAGAUUAUAAGGGUUCCGUUUUUGUACGACGUACGUUCGGAACCCUAAAAACCAGCCAAGUGUGAGUCGGAACAUUAAAGGUUUAUUUAUUUAUGUAGCAUUCAUGUACUGAUGCAUUGAUUGUCUUAAUGUUAAUAGUAUAGAAGUUACAUUGCUAAUUCUUAAUAUAUUACAUUUCAAGUAGAAAUUGGGUUCUGUAUUCAUUAUCUAUAAAAACGGCAAAAAAAAAUACAUUUGGUGUGUGGGAGCCCCCUUGAAUAUUCAGUUUUGGUAUUUGUUCUAGCAUCAACGAAAAUACAUCAUCUGUGAAAUACAACUGUCAAAUGACAGACGGACGGAUAACACUGUCUUUAAUAGGGUCCCGUUUUAGCCUUUGGGUAAAAAUACUCAUGUCUAAACACCCUGUUAAGGUCCAUUUAUAUCUACAGACAUUUAGCGUGCCAGACAUAUGCCAUGGCAGACAAAAGAAUAUUCUUCUAUACAGUGUAUAAUAACGUAUUUAUAUCUAUCGUAACGCGGCCGCGCAGACGUUGACAGACACUGCCCGCGCCCAGCUAGUAUUCGCGGAAAGAAUAUUUUGUCUGUGCGGUUCAUGUCUGUAAAUUCCUUUUCAUGAAAACUGAACUAAAAUUGACAGUGUCUUACACAAAUAACAAUAAGACCGUCAUUUCUAAAUGACAAUGAGCGCCAUUAACACAUUAGCGCCGCGUCUGGGGACUUCUUUCAUGAAAAGGACUAUCUCUAGCCACCUACCUGCUGGUCAGUGGGAAUAGACCGUGUCUGUGGGUGUCUGCCACGCUACUUGUCUGGACGCACUGUGACUGUAGAUGUAAACGGACCUUUAAGCGUUUUACCAUAUUUGACAUUGUUGAUGUGCAUCAAAGUUAUUUCAUCCACUCUCGUUUGAGUAUUAUAAUAACAUCAAUAAUUUUAUAUACAAUUAGAUAGUAAGUGAACAAUGUCUAUUUUGUUGUAUGCUUUAAUUAGUGUUAGUACAUAAUAAGAAAAUAUUAAUAACGGUCACCAUUAUGUUAUUUUUAAUCUUUGAUUGAAGACCCUGACAACUGAUUAUAUCGUUGACUGAACUAUUAUUUUCCUCUCUGUACGUUAUUAAUUAAUUAUCUAAUUAUUAUGCAUUUUUAGGCUGGUGGUGGUUAUGUAGGUAACUGAAAUUCUGUAAAAAUGAAAAUAUUCAGUAUAUAUUUUUAGAUUUCAUUACAAUAAGUUAUACCUACUAGGAACGUUCAUUCAUUUGUAAAUGCAAAUACUUGUCACCUAAGCAAACCAGUUGAUGGGACGGCACGUGUCUUGCGAGUUGCGAGUCUGAGCGAAACUCUAAAAUGUUUGACAACCAAUCGUAGGCAUUAUAGGUUACAUAAUUUUUUUUUUUUUUAAUAUUUGUCAUUUUUUGGAUAUCACCAAUGUUCAAAUACAAAUUAUAUCGACUUUGUCUACACGUAGGAAAAUACAGCUGCAUGAAUUUCCAUUGUAGGAUAUAUCCUUACUUAUAAUACAUCUGCGUGCGAUGUGCUGUGCUGACGUGGUUUUGUUUUUACAAAUGAGUGAAUUUAUCUACUGUAUGUUUUUCAUAUAUAAGUCCCUUUUGGUAUAAAAAAAUAUAUAUUUAUUUACAGAUGUGUAUAAUGUACAUGUGGUACUUUAUACAUAUAAACCCUUGAAGAGAAAUGUCUCAUUAUUGAUUAUUUCCAAAUAGCGUUUAUAAUAAUUUGACCUUAAAGUUUAAACUAUUUAACUUAUCACUGUAAACAUGAAGCUAUACUAGAGCCCUACUCAAUGUGUAUUUACCACAAAAUUUGACAUCUAGUGACAAGGUGCUACUGAGAAACAACAUUUAUUUUGAAUUAUGUAUUGUUUGCUUAUUCAAAAUAUAUUCAUCAUCAUCAUAUAAGCCGAUGGACGUCCACUGCAUGACAUAGGCCUUUUUUAGGGACAAACAUCACGAUACUGGGCCAUCUGCAUCCAGCGAAUCCCUAGUUUGGGGGGUCGACCAGCACUGCGCUUGGUAGUGCGGGGUCGCCAUUCCAACACCUUGGGACCCCAACGUCCAUCGGCUGUUCGACCUAAAAAUAUAUUAACUAUAUCUAAUUGUUCUAAGCUUAUUAAUCGAAUCUAUUUUCAUUAAUUUAAGAGCAAGUUAAUUGUGUUACUGUAAACUUUCUGUUAAUUAUUUAAGGGACUUUGUAUAUGAUAAAAACAUUAUUAUUAUACAUGAAAAAAUAUAUGUGCUUAUUCAGAGUAGAUUUACUUAACCAAAGAUUUACGCAAGUAUAUAUCGAUGUAAGUUUGACAUACUUAUUAACAUUUUAUGUGUAAGAAAUGUAUUAUUGUUGAUAUAAUGUAUGUUGUUGAAUUUCUGCCGAAGUCCUGUGUUGAACAUCUGUCCAACUUUUUUUUUAUUCUUUACAAGUUAGCCCUUAACUAUAAUGUCAUCUGAUGGUAACUGAUGAUGCAAGUGGGCUAACUUGUUAGGAGGAGGAUGAAAAUCCACACCCCUUUCGGUUUCACACGACAUCGUACCGGAACGUUUGAUCGCUUGGCGGUACAUCAUUAAGAUUGAGUCAAGUAUGACCGUAAACAUUGGCACGUACUUAUACGAUGUUUUAUACAUAACACACAGUUUCUUAAUAUGCGCGUAAUGAUUGUACAAGGUCCUCUCAGUAUUACUAAUUUAAAUGGAUUUGAUAAAGAUUAUGGAAAAAAAUGGAGAUGACAGAUAAUACAGAACAGGACGAAGUUCGAACUUCGAUCCAAAACUUCCGUUUGGAAAACGAUCAGUUUGGAUCGUGCCGCGUAGCAAGAACCAGCUCAUGACGAUUUAGCAUUGAUUAAAAUUUAUGCAUAAAACUACUCAAAAGUAUAAUAGACCUGAUGACUACUGUUUAAAGUUCACUUUACUUUGAAGCAGUUUGAUGUUGAAAUUUUAAUCAAUGUUUAUAGAUAUUGGUAUGUAAUCAAUGUUUAUAAACAUUGGUAUGUAAUCCAUGUUUAUAAACAUUGGUAUGUAAUCAAUGUUUAUAAACAUUUUUAUAUAAAUAUGGCCGAUAAUGUGGUAAUUGGAAAUUUAUUUAAAUUGAUUAACUAUUAAUCCUUUAAAAAUACAACUAGUAUGUCACAUGCGUUACAGAAUAUGAAACAUUUACUACAAUUUUGACAGGACCUUGGAAAAUUAUUUACAAGUUUUAAAAUAAAUACAUAUGUAUCCUAUUGCUACGCACACUUCAAUGAAUUUAAUUUUAUUAUUUGCAUAAUGUAUUCAUAAUAUAAUCUGUUUUGUAGAAGGUGAAAUAAAGAUACAAAGUUUUAAGACAACCCAAUCAAAUAUUAUAGUUUUUUUACAACAUUCAGUAUAAAAGUGUAUUUCUGAUUUUUGUUACCUGGUACUUUAACAAAGAACAUGUCCCAAUUUUGUAUGGGGGCUGGGCCUUUAUUCCGAUUGUCAACUAAUCAGAACAAUAUAUGUUUAUCAUAAAAGAACAUAAAAUGUAGGACUUAAAACUAAACUAAAAAAAUAUUUGGAACCCGCGUUUUUAAUGAAAUAAAAUAUAUUAGGUAUUUUUAUUAGCUGGCAACAUUAAUUGAGAAUUUUUAUCAUGGCAACAUGCUUGUAACCCAUGCUUGCACCCUGACAGAUUGUUAGUGUAUCUUUAUUUCACUUUUUAAAUAAAAUUGCCUAUUUAUCCUAGAAAUAAUUACUAUUAUAGACAUUAAAUUACAAGCAACUUAUGGAAUUGAAUUUUAGAAAUAGUCGCUUAAUCAAAAUAGGUACAGUAAAUAAUAAUAAAUGAAAUAAAAUAAUUCUAUCUUAUCUAGAAAUAAUAUUGGUACAUAUCUGGUGGUACGCCUGUCAUUUUAUUAUCAUAUCAUAUUGAUCCUUGUCAAAUUCAAAAUUAAUUUCAAUCUUUAUUUAGCAAUUAUAAUGAAUACGUACACAUUGACCUCUUAUAAUAAAAGGACGCACUCAUGUAGAAAAUUUCACUUAAAAACUGGCCAAUUUUGCUUUGACAGUUUUAGACAUUGGUAAAGAAAAUUAUACCUAAAGACCUUUGAAUAUAGUCCAAUAUUCAAUAAAAUUCCAAAUUCAGAGCAAAUUCAACCUUAUGGAAGAAAUGAGACUACUUGAAUUUAGUGCCAAUAAGUUGUGUUUGGCACUUAUUGAGUGGGAACAUUUUUUGGUCGCUGAUUGUGCAUCGACUUUUUAAUAGGAGAUUGAUGUACCUACAUUAACUUUAAUAUUUCACAUACUAAGCUGGUCUUAAAGCAAAGCAAGAUUGUUUUGUAUAAUAUGUAUGAUUGUAUGUAUACAACAUACCCAUGUCUUUUCAAAACAGACAUAACAUCAUUAAAAAGUUCAUAGAUGGAUUUCAUUAGCGUUUUCAGUUAUUUAAAUAAUGGAUUGUAUGUGACAUGUCAGUAAUUAUGUAAUUUAAGUUUAACAUUAAUAGAUAUAUGUACCUAUAUGCUCAAAAUAUAAUGUCAAUGUAUACUUCGUGCAUUCAUCACAAAAAUUAAUUAUAAAACGCAUAUAAAAAUUAUUUGUAUUAUAGGCUAAACAAAAUAUAUGGUGUUAGAAAUAAUUUCUGUCAAAUAUAGUUAAGCAAUUUCGACAAAUUGAUACCAAUCUACAAAAUGAUAACAUACUUUUGUUUCUUAUUACCAGUGAAAUGUUAUUGUUAAAGACAUGUAAAGUCUUGCGAAAGGGUUCAAGUAUAACUGUAAUAUCCUGAACUCUGACAUGACGCCAUAUUAUGGGAUAAAAUAUAAGGAAAGGGCUUAAACACAAGGUUUUUUACAUGUGGAAUCAUUUGCAAAAAAGAUCAAAUCAGUGGUUUGACCUGUAAUCCUGAAAUCUUCGAACCCCUUUGCUUGUCAUAUGGUUGGAUUUUUGUGGUCUUAACCCUUUGCGGUUAUUACACCUCAGUUCUUUUUACCCACUGCAUUUCAUACUGUGUCAUAAACAACAUUAUAAGCCGUUAAGUUUAUAAAUAAUAAUGGUCCCAAAAAAAACUUCUAUUCCGAAAUAAAGUAAUAGAAAGUUAAUGGUCUUAAUGAGCUUUCAUUCUAUUAAAUGUUGAAAUUUUACAUAUUAAAAUUUAAAUGUGAAUAUACACAUGAUAUGGGCAAAGCAAUGGCAUGGUUUAAUGUUGUGGGAUACCUUUAGGUAAUCAGUGUUGCCAUAAUAGUCAAGCACACCAUACAAAAUAAUAAUAUUAAAAUUUUCACUAUUACUGUAUAAGAACAAGUAGAUCUCCAUGACACAGUUAUUAUAAAUAUUAGUGAACAAAAUUUAUACGUCCAUGUUGGAUGAUGCUUGCCUGCACACUAAUAAUAAUUGUUAAAUAAUUACAUAAUAUAGAUGAAUAUUUUCCUACUAGUUAUCCUACACGAAUGUAGUUUUUUUUCUAUGACACUAUUUAAUCAAAUUGUUAUUCACAAAUAUGAAAGUAAUAAUUUUAUACACAAAGUUACAACUUACAUGUAAACAGGACCACAUAAUAUAAUUCAUGAAUGCUAUAUGAUAGGAACUUUGUGGUGUUGAUGUUAAACGUUAUUUUUAUCACAACUGUCUAUUUUUCUAUCUUUUAAAUAUAAAUUAACUUACUAACAGUAAUUUGUUAAUGUAGGCUCACAUAAUAUAUAAUAAUUACAAAAUGUAAUAUAUUGUUGAUAUUGCUUA